CCCCAAGCAUGAAGCACCUGCUCACCAGAUAUGUUUUUUUAUUACCCUCCAUGACUCCAUCCCCAUCCAACGGGAUUAUUUUGCAAUUGGUGUGGAUCGUCGGGUUAGGUAAAGGCUAAAGCAGAGAGGUAAAUCUCCGAGAGCCUCUCCGAGAGCGAGGGAGAAAGCGAGUGAUACCUACCUACCUGCCUUUCUUCGGAUCGUCAGCUCUGCUCUUUACUUUUAUACUAUACUUGAAAGCGGUCAAUCUUCAACAAGCUUAUUGUCUGCAAAACCAAGGCAAAGAGGCUUGGGGGAUUCAUCAUCUCCUUUGCCUUCUUCCCCUCUUGAGUUAUCUAUCAAUUUACUUCUGAAAGAAGAAGAAGAAGAAGAAUACAACUAGGGAAUCAUCAAUAACAAGGAAAGGAGGAGCCCGGAGAAAGCAGGAAGGGAUGGGUGUGGUCAAGGCGGCGAUCGGUGAUGCGGUGUUGACUGCCAUGUGGGUGUUCUGCGCUUCCACUCUUCGGGCCUCCACCUCCAUUAUCCAGAAAGCGCUGGGAUUCCAAAGCAUCGCUUCCGCCCUCGUUAUCACCACCACCCUCGUCGCCUUCCUCGUCUUACUCUUCACCUUGCUUGGGACCGCCAUGGGUGGAGCCAGCUUUAAUCCUACCGGCACUGCUUCCUUCUUCGCCGCCGGCAUCGGCGAUACCAACCUCAUCUCCAUGGCCUUCCGCUUCCCUGCUCAGGCAAUUGGGGCAGUGGGCGGUGCCUUGGCAAUUGUGGAAGUGAUGCCGCCCGAGUACAAACACAUGCUUGGUGGGCCUUCACUGAAAGUCGACUUGCACAUUGGGGCCGUCGCCGAAGGGGUCUUGACCUUCAUCAUCAGUUUCGCCGUUUUAUAUAUAGUGGUCAAGGGUCCGAGAAACCCGCUUUUAAAGGUUUGGCUGAUUGCCAUGGCGACGGUUUCAUUGGUUGUUGCAGGAUCUGGUUACACUGGACCGGCCAUGAAUCCUGCCAAUGCCUUUGGGUGGGCUUAUGUGAACAACCGCCACAAUACAUGGGAGCAGUUCUAUGUUUACUGGAUUUGCCCCUUUAUUGGAGCAAUUCUGGCUGCUUCGAUCUUCCGGGUCAUAUUCCCUCAACCAGUCAAGCAGAAGAAAGCAUAAAGAAAAAAGAGUGCAUUACUUUGUCGUUUGUGUCAAGUACUUUUAUCUGUAACUCUGUUUCUCCAUUACUAUUCCCUCUUUUAGUCCUUAGCAGUUAUUUUUAGAUAAUGUGGUUUUCUGAACCUGGAAACUACAACUGUAGGUCACUUCUUCAUAUUCAAACUUGAAUGAGUUGCCUUGUGAUUUUUCUUGACAAGCUACUUUGGAAAUCUUCUGGAGCCAAGUUGAGUAAA